CGCAGGACAAGUCGCUUCCCAUCCUGGAGCCCUCGUGAAUCUGCUGGGAUGUGGCAGUUAACUUUCCAGAUUUGCAUACUUGCAGCCACCACUUCCCCGGGAAAGGCUCAGCCUAGACUUUGUUUUACACCUUCCCCGAGGAAGUGCGCUGCUGUCCGUAACGUGCCGCCGGCUCCCGGGAUGGACGAGUGAGGUCUCGCGUCGCCCGCGGUUCCAGCCUCCGGAGCCCGCCCGCAGAGUGUCCCCGAGAGCGCCCUGAGGGAGCAGGGUGGCCGGCUGGUCCAGGAAUGUUUACCCUCGCGGAAGUUGCUUCACUUAAUGACAUUCAGCCAACUUACCGGAUCCUGAAACCAUGGUGGGACGUGUUUAUGGAUUAUCUGGCUGUCGUUAUGUUGAUGGUUGCCAUCUUCGCCGGAACCAUGCAGCUAACCAAAGAUCAGGUGGUCUGCCUGCCCGUAUUGCCGUCACCUGUCAAUUCGAAGGCACACUCCCCACCGGGAAAUGCUGACGUCACCACCCAAAUCCCCAAGAUGGACACCGCCGCUCACCGGGACCAAGACGGGCACGUGACACAUGACAUUUCCUUUGCCACUUCUGCUGUGACUCCUGACAUACCUCUCAGAGCCACCUAUAUGCCUGCAGAUUCCACCAUUCCAAACCAGGAGGCCAGGAAAGAGAAGAAAGACCCAACGGGCCGGAAAACAAACUUGGAUUUCCAGCAGUAUGUAUUUAUUAACCAGAUGUGUUACCAUCUGGCCCUCCCGUGGUAUUCAAAGUACUUUCCAUACCUUGCUCUUAUUCAUACUAUUAUUCUUAUGGUCAGCAGUAACUUCUGGUUCAAAUAUCCCAAGACCUGUUCCAAAGUCGAGCACUUUGUCUCAAUAUUGGGAAAGUGCUUUGAAUCCCCUUGGACAACGAAGGCGUUGUCCGAGACCGCGUGUGAGGACUCAGAGGAAAACAAGCAGAGGAUAACGGGUGCCCAGACUCUACCAAAGCACGUGUCCACCAGCAGCGACGAGGGGAGCCCCAGCGCCAGUACCCCGAUGAUCAACAAAACCGGCUUCAAGUUCUCAGCCGAGAAGCCGGUGAUCGAGGUUCCCAGCAUGACCAUCCUGGAUAAGAAAGACGGGGAGCAGGCCAAAGCCUUGUUUGAGAAAGUGAGGAAGUUCCGCGCGCAUGUGGAAGACAGCGACCUGAUCUAUAAGCUCUACGUGGUCCAAACGGUCAUCAAAACCGCCAAGUUCAUUUUCAUCCUGUGCUACACCGCGAACUUCGUCAAUGCCAUCAGCUUCGAGCACGUCUGUAAGCCCAAAGUGGAGCACCUGACGGGUUACGAGGUGUUUGAGUGCACCCACAAUAUGGCUUACAUGUUGAAGAAACUUCUCAUCAGCUACAUCUCCAUCAUUUGUGUUUAUGGUUUCAUCUGCCUCUAUACUCUUUUCUGGCUGUUUAGGAUCCCUCUGAAGGAAUACUCCUUUGAAAAGGUCCGAGAAGAGAGCAGUUUCAGCGACAUCCCCGACGUCAAAAACGAUUUUGCAUUCCUACUGCACAUGGUCGACCAGUAUGACCAGCUAUAUUCCAAGCGUUUUGGUGUGUUCUUGUCCGAAGUAAGUGAAAACAAACUUAGGGAAAUUAGUUUGAACCAUGAAUGGACAUUUGAGAAACUCAGGCAGCACGUGUCACGCAAUGCCCAGGACAAGCAGGAAUUGCACCUCUUUAUGUUGUCGGGCGUGCCCGAUGCCGUCUUCGACCUCACGGACCUGGAUGUGCUGAAGCUUGAACUGAUCCCGGAAGCUAAGAUCCCUGCUAAGAUUUCUCAAAUGACUAACCUCCAAGAGCUACACCUCUGCCAUUGCCCUGCAAAAGUUGAACAGACUGCUUUUAGCUUCCUCCGCGAUCACUUGAGAUGCCUUCAUGUGAAGUUCACCGACGUGGCUGAAAUUCCCGCCUGGGUGUAUCUGCUCAAAAACCUCCGCGAAUUGUACUUGAUAGGCAAUUUGAACUCAGAAAACAAUAAGAUGAUAGGACUUGAAUCUCUGCGUGAGUUACGGCACCUUAAAAUUCUCCACGUGAAGAGUAAUUUGACCAAAGUUCCCUCCAACAUUACGGAUGUGGCUCCGCACCUCACUAAGUUAGUCAUUCAUAAUGACGGCACCAAACUCUUGGUACUGAACAGCCUUAAGAAAAUGAUGAAUGUCGCCGAGCUGGAACUGCAGAACUGUGAGCUAGAGAGAAUCCCCCAUGCUAUUUUCAGCCUCUCCAAUUUACAGGAAUUGGACCUAAAAUCCAAUAACAUACGCACAAUCGAAGAGAUCAUCAGCUUCCAGCAUUUAAAACGACUGACUUGUUUAAAAUUAUGGCAUAAUAAAAUUGUUACCAUUCCUCCCUCCAUCACUCACGUCAAAAACUUGGAGUCCCUUUACUUCUCCAACAACAAGCUCGAGUCCUUACCCGUGGCAGUAUUUAGUUUACAGAAACUCAGAUGCUUAGAUGUCAGUUACAACAACAUUUCCAUGAUCCCGAUAGAGAUCGGCCUGCUUCAGAACCUGCAGCAUUUGCAUAUCACCGGGAACAAGGUGGACGUUCUGCCAAAACAGUUGUUCAAGUGCGUGAAGUUGAGGACUUUGAACGUGGGGCAGAACUGCAUCAGCUCCCUGCCCGAGAAGGUGGGUCAGCUGGCCCAGCUCACGCAGCUGGAGCUGAAGGGGAACUGCCUGGACCGCCUGCCAGCGCAGCUGGGCCUGUGUCGAAUGCUCAAGAAAAGCGGGCUUGUUGUGGAAGACCACCUCUUUGACACCCUGCCACUAGAAGUGAAAGAAGCAUUGAAUCAAGACACAAACGUUCCCUUUGCGAAUGGGAUUUAAACUGAGAUAAUCCGUGCACACCCGUGUGCAGGACCAAACCCCUAGAUCGCAAAUGCUCACGUACAAGUUAUUGCAAGAGAAUGCAUUUUAGGAGUACGUACAUCUUUUAAAACAAAACACAGAGAGGAUGCAUAGAAAGCUGAUAGAAGACGGGAUUGAAUGUUCAAUGGUUGUAGCAUUUUAAAGUCAUUCAUUUCCAAAUCUUCUUUUUUUUUUUCUUUCCUGGGUUGUUUUUUUUUUUUUUUUCCAAUUCUUUUGGGGAAAGGGAAGGAAAAAUUAUAAUCACUAAUCUUGGUUCUUUUUAAAUUGUUUGUAAGUUGGAUGCUGCCGCUGCUGGACGUUUACAAAAUCGCUUGCCUGCUAAAUGAUUAAAUUGACUUUUUCUUACUACACUA